AUGCCCUCUUUUGUCCCGUCGACUGAUAACCAUCCCCAACAACUACAAUCUUCUGCAGCAGGAGCACCAAGUGACACAGCAGCGAGACAAGGCUCACGUAUGCAACGGUUCACUCGGUUGGAGGACUUGGCAGAUCUCGAAGACCUAACUGUACGACUGCCCGCAACCGCUCCUUCUGCUAGCCUGAGCCGUGUCACGCCCGUUGUCAGCAGUCACAGUCACACUAAUCGCUCAAAUGGGAACGGGGAGCAACACAACGACUUUGAACAAGACCAUGAGCGCGAAGAGAGGAGAGAGCAGGAUGAACGUACCCGACAGUACAUCGAAGCACACACUACCUUCCUCGACAGCGCAGACACAGAGGGGUCUGGAUACAUCCCUCCUCGACCCUCUGUCACAACAACAGCAGCAGAAGCUGGCUAUUCCCUGCAUCAUCGUCACUAUCACGACCACCACCCUCUGGACGAACAUUCACAUGCUUCAGCUUCUGCAUCUGCAUCAAGAACAACGGCGUACUACCCUUCCUCUCUCGCAGAGGACGAAGACUACACCACCCCUAGAACCCCUAACAGUUUCCUGUCCAGCCCUUCUCUGGGUUACUAUUCUCACCCCUCUCGACCUCCCUCACAGACAGGAUACUGGCAGGACCAGGGGGGUUCGUCCUUCAACCUCAUUAUGCCUUCCUCCGCAAUGUUUGUGAAGAGUAGGGAACCGACGGCAGAGGGGGAUAAACUCGGGUUUGUGAAGCUGAUGGUUGCCGGGCAGAGUCGGGUGUGGAAUUCUCGGCUGAUUCAGGACAUGUUCCAGUGGGAUGGGGUUAUUGCCAAUGACUUUGAUGAUGAGUUCCUGCAGGACCCUUUGUUGAACGAUAGUGAUACCGUCGCUGCAGUGGCGGGUAGCAAUGGUGUCGGUGUGAGAGAGGCGAUUGUGGAGCAUUAUGCGUCGUCGAUGGUGCUCCCAGCCUGGGCUCGUGCUGGGUUUGAAGACCAGGAGCUGCAUCAAGAGAUCCUUGUCAAGAACAUCUGCAUUGUGGAUACACCAGGAUACAGCGCAUUCAACAAUCCCAAUCGUGCAAUGGACCUCGUCAUCUCAUAUCUCGGUCUACAGUUCCAAACCACCAACGAGUUCUUUUCCCGCUCAGCACUGAGCGACGAUUCCUUGGGGCGGUUUCUGGCCAAUAACACAACGGGGGCUCACUCCCAUGUCGAUGCUUGUCUCUAUGUGAUCGAGGGCCAGCUAUCGGAGAUUGAUAUCCUGUUCAUGCAGCGUCUCCAACCCUGGGUCAAUCUUAUCCCUGUCCUCAUCCCGCCUUCGACUCACCUGUGGGAAAGGGAAAGGGAACGAGUGCCACAGGAGGGUCAGGAGGAAGAGGACGUCAUCAUGUUUACGCCCACCAACACAACAGAGAUGAUUGCAAGCGCACGGAUGGAUCUGAUUCGGCAACUCAAGGAACACGAGAUUCAUAUCUAUGGAAUUGACCUUGACGGCGCAUUGUCAGAUCCACCUAUCUCGACUUCUUCAAACUCUUCUCCCUUCACGACGGCGGAAUCGCCCGAGGCUGAUUUGGCAUCCCCACCGUUGUUGGCCUUGGAUGGUAUCAACCUGCUCUCGCCCGAGUUCACCUCACCGCCCUUUAUUUUUCAUGUCCCACCGAGCCUUAUGGAGGAUACAGGGGUUGGGCAGUUGGACAGGGAUGUCUUGCAGCUGGAUGUGGUGACCACGCAGGAGAGCAAGGAUCCCCAGGAUGAUGAGGAUGGUAGCGAUAAUGGUCAUCACUCUACUCUAUUACCGACUAUACCACAGCAUCGAGCGUCGUCUGCGCUGGGUGUGCAGGAGGACUUGCCGGAUCUGGGACCGCUGCGACGUUGGGUCUAUGUCAAGCACCUUGCUGCACUGCGUCAUCAUACGACCCAAAAGUUCUUGUCAUGGAGGAGGCACCUGCCGUUGAUGCCUAAUCUGGAGAGCCCUAUGGAGUCGUCGCAGGAUUCGGGGUCGUACCGUCAACAGCAGCGUCGGCAUCAUAAUUCGCAUGGAGGACAGCUACCACAGCAGCAGUCACUUAAUGCGUUUUCGAGUUAUUCUGGACUUGGGUCUCAUCGACCUGCGCUGUCGACUGCUACCCAUAGUCCACCGCCCUCUAUCUCUGUUACCCGCCUCAACCAUCCCCUUCAACAACAGCAUUUAAGCAAUCAAAGGACAAUGCCGACGGAUAUGUUGGGCGACCUGCGAGCACAGGAUCAAGUACGGAUAUCGGAAAAGGUGGUGCGGAUGCUGGAGACACAGGGACAGGUCUUUGAGAGGAUCUUGCAGGAGCGGCAGGUUGCGUGGCGGCAAGCUUUGGAGGGCAUGGAGCGUGAGCAGCGGAUUGAGUUUUUGAUGCAUGAGCUGCGACGGUGGGCGAACGAGGGUCCUAACUCUAAGGAGCAGACACGGGAAUUGGAGCGAGGGGGCUCGAAACAGAAGAGGUUGGAUGUACAGUACCGGGAGGGUUCACGGGAUUCUGAGUGGGGUAGUGCAGGUGGUGGUGCUGGGGUAGGGCUAGGAUUGGGUGCGAGUGGAGUUGCGGUGGGAUCGGCAGUAGCAACAGUACCAGCGGAGCCAUCGUUGCGGGAUGCGUUGCUUUCGGUGGAGUAUGGAGUUGGAGUCUCCAACAGUGUGCGGGCUACCACUACCAGCGUUUCCAGGCGCAAGAGCCACAAGUCUAAAUACGCCGGUGGUAGGGACCCUCGGAGCACUAAGAAGAGUCGAUCCUCUGCCUCUUCCUCCAAGGUGUCAUCCACCCCCGCAUCCCCUCAUCGCGAGGACGUGGAUAUGCAGCAUAGCAAGAUCGAUGUCGCUAUGCCCUUCACCUCUAUUUUGGAACCGAAUGUCACAUCCCUGCUGCCUAUAUGGAUUCGCGCCAGUAUCAACGCCUCAUACGCCUCCAGUACAACCAUUGGCUUUGCCUCUGCCACUGUUUCCAAUGCUGUCACUGCCUCUUUUUGGUCCCGAGAGCCUCCAGCUCACCAGUCGUCAGGCUACAAGAGGAACCGCCAAGCAGACACCUACGAAUCUGUCAAGCUCGAGAAAGAUGAUGGUCGAUGGGAACUCAAGAAGAACAAGCGAUUUGUUGACAAUGCCGCCUAUAGCCUGAACCUCGUCAAGACUUGUUCCGUCCAGGCGGCCGCCGUCGCUGAUGCCACCUACAGCAACAUCAGCAAUAUCCUUAAGGCUCACUCCCAGCAUGCCAACUCUGCAGCACCCGCUGCUCAUUCCUUUAGUCAACAGCUACUUACUAUUACCCAGGACACCAACAAAAGCAACAGCAUCAACACCAGCCACCCAAGUUCAUCCUGCCAACUAUACCACCACCACCACCACCACCACCAACGGCGCCGCCUCCGCUCUGUCCCAAUCCUGCCGUCCGAGAUCAGAUGA